GGGGGGCUGCUCCAAGGCGCAACCGCAGGCGACCUCGCAGCUCUCCCCAGACGAGGGGCGCCGCAGCUCCUGGGGGAGGGUCCGGAGCGGAGGGAGCCCAAGUCCCGGAGUGGGGAAGCUGCCCGGUCCCAGAGUUUCCUGCCCCGACGUGCGGGCUGUCCCCCGUGCCUGGAUUUCCGAAACGCCGCCCGGGAGGAACAGAGUUGGUAUUGUCUGCGGAGGACGGGAUCCCGGCCGUUUCGGGACGAGGGAGGGGUGCGGACAUCGUGAGACCCCAAGAUGAGAAACAGGCUCCUAACAAAGAUCUCCCUCCACCCCCAAACUGUGCAGACUUGGCACCGGCAGUGAACGUCUCCGGAGACCCCCGAGGCCCGGCCCUCUUUGAAACCCUCCUUGGGCCCUGGACAAGUUGGGGGACGGCGGGCUUUUAUUGAUUUGUUUUUAAGGUUCGCCGCGGUGCGGCCAAUAAAAGGUUUAUGACAUCUGACCGGCAGUGAAGGAGCCUUCACGUAAAUGGGUCCAGUCAUGCCUCCCAGUAAGAAGCCAGAAAGCUCAGGAAUCAGUGUCUCCAGUGGACUGAGUCAGUGUUACCGGGGCAGCAGUUUCUCCAAGGCCCUUCAGGAAGACGAUGACCUCGACUUUUCUUUGCCUGACAUCAAAUUAGAAGAGGGGGCCAUGGAAGAUGAAGAGCUGACCAACCUGAACUGGCUGCACGAGAGCAAGAACUUGCUGAAGAGCUUUGGGGAGUCUGUCCUCAGGAGUGUCAGCCCUGUCCAGGACCUGGACGAUGACACCCCCCCAUCCCCCGCCCACUCUGACAUGCCCUAUGAUGCCAGGCAGAACCCCAACUGCAAACCCCCUUACUCCUUUAGCUGCCUCAUAUUUAUGGCCAUUGAGGAUUCUCCAAGCAAGCGUCUGCCAGUCAAGGAUAUCUACAACUGGAUCUUGGGACAUUUUCCGUAUUUUGCAAAUGCACCUACUGGGUGGAAAAACUCAGUGAGACAUAAUUUGUCAUUGAAUAAGUGUUUUAAGAAAGUGGACAAAGAGAGGAGUCAGAGUAUUGGGAAAGGGUCAUUGUGGUGCAUAGACCCAGAGUAUAGACAAAAUCUAAUUCAGGCUUUGAAAAAGACACCUUAUCACCCACACCCACACGUGUCCAAUACAUCUCCCACCUCUCCUCAGGCAUAUCAAAGAGAUGGGGAUCUGGCCGUGUUGCCCAGGCUAGCCUUGAACUCCUGGCCACAAGCGAUCCUCCCGCCUCUGCUUCCUGACACAUCAGGUCCACCCAUCUGGCCGGGCAGUACCUUCUUCAAGAGAAACGGAGCCCUUCUCCAAGAUCCUGACAUUGAUGCUGCCAGUGCCAUGAUGCUUUUGAAUACUCCCCCUGAGAUACAAGCAGGUUUUCCUCCAGGAGUGAUACAGAACGGGGCACGAGUUCUGAGCCGAGGCCUAUUUCCUGGUGUCCGGCCGCUGCCCAUCACGCCCAUCGGGAUGACGGCAGCUGUGAGAAAUGGCAUCAGCAGCUGCCGCAUGCGGACUGAGAGUGAGCCAUCAUGUGGCUCCCCGGUGGUCAGCGGAGACCCCAAGGAGGAUCACAACUAUAGCAGUGCCAAGUCCUCCAACGCCCGGAGCACCUCCCCCGCCAGCGACUCUGUGUCCUCUUCCUCCUCCUCGGCCGAUGACCACUACGAGUUUGCCACAAAGGGGAGCCAGGAGGGCAGCGAAGGCAGCGAGGGCAGCUUCCAGAGCCAUGAGAGCCACAGCGAGACGGAAGAGGACGACAGGAAACGCAGCCAGAAGGAGCCCAAGGAUGCUCUGGGGGACAGUGGCUAUGCAUCCCAGCACAAGAAGCGCCAGCACUUCGCCAAGGCCAGGAAGGUCCCCAGCGACACCCUGCCCCUCAAAAAGAGACGCACCGAAAAGCCCCCCGAGAGUGAUGACGAGGAAAUGAAAGAAGCAGCCGGGUCACUCCUGCACUUAGCAGGGAUCCGGUCCUGUUUGAAUAACAUCACCAAUCGGACGGCAAAGGGGCAGAAAGAGCAAAAGGAAACCACAAAAAAUUAAAAACAAGUCACUGAUUUGUUUUGAACUUACGGCCAUUUGGUUUCAGCAUGUCAGGAGAUUUCUAAUGAUUUGUGGCAAUAUCAGCAAUGUUUUUCUUUUUGUUCCUUUUUGUUUUGUUUUGGUUUGGUUUUCUUUCUUUUCUUUUCCUUUUGAUUUUAUUCUUUUUUUAAUUUGCCCCCCUCUCCUUUGUUUUGGACCCUUAAGAAUUUUAUUUUUAAAGGAGAUUGAAGCCAUAGAACUCAUAUUGACACUCAGCUGUUUUACAAAAGCUUUUGAUUAUCCGAAGACAUAACCGAAAAAGCCAAAAUUGCCAUUGCUUCCUCCAGCUUAGAAACAUGUGGCUGAAUCCACAGGGAUGUCAACGGGAAUGCCACAGGAAUACACAUUCAGCACCUAGAGGGCACGCGGUGCAAAGUCAUCAUCGCUCAGGCCCAACCCUUAGGUUUAAAAAGUCAGGAUGUCCUCCACCCAGGUGGGUUCACUGAGUGAAGGCACAUAAAGAUGGGCGGAAGGAAGAACCCCUCGGCCCCCUAGGAGCAGACCCGAGUUCGUGGCUCCAGGCAUCCAGUUGUGCCAGGAAAACCCCUGGCAUUGUCACAAGCGAGCACAGGGGCCGGCCACCAGUCCUCUGUGCUUCCUACCACUGAAGCCUGGUAUCAUCUUAGAAGGUGGGCGCUGGACUGUUUGUAUGCAUCAGGUGUCAGUGACUAAUGAGAAGAAAUGGGGUAAAUUUUUAGUGAUGUUGCUAAUCAUUGGAUUUUGUUCUAUAAAAUCAAGAAAAUGUUCUAAAAGCCAUAAGCCUGAAGGUUGGCCCUGUGUGCUCACACACACACACACACACACACACACACGACAGUGAGAAAACUGAAGCAGAAAAUAAGCUACGUCUUCUAAACUGCCCAAGUGAAAAGCAACCAAGUCCAGGAAAUUACAAUAGCUGUUAAGGAAGGAAAUAAUGGUAUAGAUCAUUUUCUGUUUUGCAAAACUAUUCAAUUCAAGUGGGAAAAAAACUGAAAGCUAUGGAACCUGUCAUUAGUAUUAUGGUAUAUUUUUUAAAGAUUAAAGGCACAUAGACGGACAAAAAAAGAAUAAAAAGUAAAACAUGGCAAAAAAUAAUAUAACUCCUUACUGCCCUCAAAAUGGAGUUUGCAAUUAAUAUUAGGAGUCACCUUUGCAAAAAUCAUUGAUUCCACAUUCAGCCAGUGUAGCCAGCAGAAAUUUCUGAUCCACAACGCAUGGAUUCCUUUGAAGAAAAAAAAAAAAAAAGAAAAAGAAAAAAAAAUCACAAAAACAAACUUUUUUAUUCAAAAAAAUAACAAAGUUCUUGUAAGGUAAAUAAUGUAUUUAGCAUGAAGCAUGAAUUAUUUUCAUAUAAAUAUAGAAAAUAGAGAAAAGGCUAUGCCUCUAAUUUUUAAGCCCUUAGGCUUAGAGGUUCUUUUGGUUUUCUUUCUUUUUUUCUUUUUUCAUUUUUUUUUUUUGUUCUUUUUUCCCCCCUUUUCUUGUUUUGUUUUUGUUUUUCAGGUUAUUUUGUUUUGGUUUUUUGAAGCAGGUGUUUAAGGUUUAACCUUCUUCAGGGACAAACUCUGACUGUUGGGGAACUUACUCUGCAAUAUAAAAAUAUCUUCAUGCUCUGGUAGGGCUUGGAUGGUUGAAUUCUGUACCGCCUUGCCUGCACUUCAGCCCCGACCCUCUCUGAUUCUCUGUUGAAAAGUGUGUCCUUUCUCUUUGUCUGUACAUGUUUAACAUGACGCAAUAAUUUGAGGGCAAACUUAGUAGUGAGUGUGUAUGAUAGAAUCAAGAGAAUUAUGGGACGCUUACUUGAGAAAAUCAUUACCGUGAUGUGGUUCUAGGGAAAAGGCAGUGAAUAAUUAUGCAAAUUAGCCAGAAGAAGGGGAAACACGCUAACGGGCCUUAUUGGGUGAGGGUACGAGAUAGGGUACACUUGAAGGAGGAAGUGACACACAGGUUGGGAAGGCCAGCCCUAGGUAUUUUAUUGCAACAGUGCCAUUUUGCAGUAGAAAGGAGAGGCUGGCCAUUGCUACCACCUCAGCACACUGACCAACCUGGAAUUUAGACCACCUAGAUUGUGAGAGCUAAAUUUAGACAACCGGAUGAUGUCACACAGACCAGAAACUCCUGUUAUCUUUGCCUGAAAAGGGGACAAAAAAAAAAAAAAAACUGGGGCGGGGGGGCAUCCAAAGAGAAAUUUCUAAAAGAAUAUGAUCUUCCAUCCAAAUGGAGGGAAACUUUAAAACACAAGCAGAAACACCCACUACCAUGGCUCAGGAUAUGAGGGUGGGGGAGAGGGAGGGAACUAAGGUGACCUAGAGUUUUUAAAAGGGGACAGUUGUGGGCCAAAGCUGAGCCCACCUGCCAGGGCCAGGUACUGCGAGAAGCUCUAUCAGCCCGGACAGUGGGAAUUAACUGGUGCAUUUCCCAUACGUACCUUCCCUAUGGGUUGCUGGUGAGAGAACUGGAAAAGAAUCUACACCGCUACAACAGGUCUGAUUCAUGACCAGAACCUGAAUACUUCCAGCAUUUUUGUUCAGGGUAUGGAUGGGAAUGAAGAUGUAUUUUUGCAGUGCUCUUUUUCCCCCAUCUCCUAAACAUCUGACACCCUAAAAGCCAUCCACAGCUGUGGGAUCUGAGUGACACCUCGAUUUGUGUCAUCACCUGACCAAGCCCAAAAGACCACCACCUCAAUCCCUCACCUUCACCCCUACCAUCAAGCUAACCCAGACUUCUCUCCUGAAAGGCAGACGUCAAUAUCCAGGACUAUUUCUGGCAGAGGACUUCUUCCAAUUAAAACCCCCACAGUGGGCUGUCUCCCCUCAUUUCAUUUUCCUAAAGAGGUAAAGUCCUCUUUUAGAAAAUAAUAAAAUGCAAUGUGUGUGAUUUACUUUUCUGAUCUCUGAGAAAUAGAGAAAUAUCUUAUAAAAGUGUGUUCUUAACUCCAGAACCACUCUUUUUUGCAUAAAUACCUCAUCGGGCAGCUUUCUAAGUGUUAUUUUCCUGAGUCUCUCUUGGCACCUUUGCUGACUCUGCUGGAAGACUUGUUGGGGAACCUUUAGUGAGGGUAAUUUUUUUCUAUUUUUUCUUGUUUUUGGAGGCAUACACAUUAUGCAUAACCAAGACAAUGGCUCAAUUGUGUUUAACUUUGUAUUUUGAUUGUUGAGGAAAAAAAAAAGUAUCAAUGUGUAUGUGGCUGUUUGUAGUGAAUUCCUUGCAGAAUGAGGUUGUCUGUGUCCUUAACAAGCCCAGGGGCAGGAGGCACCCUCUCUAAUCCCCUCCUCCAAGAGCAGUAGAGAAUUUAAGCACAAGCCUAUUUGUGAAAGAAUAUUUUGCUUAAGUGUCAUUCACUUCAGUCUUGGAAUUCCUUCCCAAAUGUCAGGUGUUCUUUUAGCUUCCAAAUUAGCCUAUGUAUCCAUUAGUCUUGACAGAUCGCCUGAGCACCAUUAAGGGGUCUGGUGUUUUUGCUUUCAUUUCUCCUGCUGGGAGAAGUGGUGGUUCGUGUGUCAUUCCAGUAUCUCACAUACUCACACGGGGCAGGGGGGAGGGGGAAAUGGGAAACUAUAGCAAUAUUUCAAGAUGCUUUGGAAACCAACCGUGAACACAUCUGCACCACGACGUCUACGAAUACUGGCUAUUGGCCCUCAGACACAUUUAAGAGAAAGAGACCGUCACUCUUUUUUUCUUAAAUGAUAUACACCUAGAAAGUUAUUUUUAACCUAUUAUAAUUGUCUUUUAUCUUUAUCUAGUACCAUGUGGAGAGGGUUUGCAUCAUAGAUUUUUCCCAGCCUUAUAAUAUACCAUAAGCUCCUAUUCCCCUUCCCCCUCUCCAAUCAGUAUACUUUUAAGAGUUCUUUGGUAAAACCAUCUAUCUGAAACAAAACAAAACAAACCCACAUUUAGAUGGUGGUUCGAGAAAACCAUAGCCAAGACAACUGUGGCAGUGUGGCAGGUUUCAAUCUUAUGGCUGAGUUUUUAAGAAGGAAUGUACAGAGGCCUUUCCCAAGGACAGAUUUCUUUUUUUUUUCCUGGUAGAGGCAUUCAGUAUGUCUAGCGCUUGCUGGCCACAGCAGUUACUACCACGGGCAUUCUGGAAGUGGCUAUUGUGUUGAAGGGGGCUCUUGCCUGAGUGACAGUUUCAGGCAGCGGGCUCUGGAGUGUAGACCACGUGGCUGGCUUUUGUACCCAGCUCAGAGUCCUGCAGCACCUCAGGACUGCUCAGCACCAAGUGCUACUGACUCAAGUUGCAAUUAUCCCACGGCAUGUGUGGUGGGGGGGGAGGGGGUUUUUAACCUCUCACGGAAGGGCUCUUUGAGAAGGAAUCAGAGUUUUGUACAAGUGACCUAAAUGGGAGGGUUUUCUCUAUGAGAUUAGAUUCAAUUUGAUGUGAUUUCUCUUUCCCUUUAAACUAUAUUCUGGUUGGGACUUGUUUCUGGUGGAUCACAGCUGCCCAGAUGUUGCGAUUUUCUUUUUAUGUUUCUGUAGAGAAGUAUUUUUCUUUCCUCUUUGGGAUUUUUGCCACCAAAAGAAAACAUUGGAACUCUGUGUCCCCUCUUGAUUGUGACUUACCAGUGUUGACAGUUCAGUCCUUGGUGUCGUAGGUCCCAGCCCACCAAUACUAUAUCAAACACUGUUAUGCACAUGAUGCAGCACUGUGAUCUAAUUUAAAUAAUACUUUUUUAUUAUUUAUACUACUAUAUAGAAUAUACAUCAACACUUUUGCUAUAUAACCUAAGUGAUAACCCUCUUUUAGUUACCUGCCAAACUCUGGACUUUGGUUUAUAUUGCAGUUAACACAGUUACAAAGUUGUAAUGGUGUCUUUUUUUUUCCUUUGUAAUGGAAUGUGUAGAUCAAAGUAUAUACAUUGUGUGGUGUUCCUGUUUCUGAAGUUUCAUGAGGAUUUACACACGGCAUUCAGUGUCCUGUAUAGAUCUGCCUACCUUUGUGAAUUCACCUGUUAACCCCUCUGUGAGAGAGCACCAGCAAUGGUGGUGAACUCCUGGUGUUUUCUCUCUCUCCUGCUGGUUAUUCUUGAAUUAAGCACAGACUCGUCAGCUUGGUUGCUUUAUCAUGAAUAAUGUGUGUGUCACCUUGUCACUCUUCCACAGUUGUGAACAAGUGCUAGCUUCACUGACCAAAAAUUACGGAAGGAAAACACAAUUUUUAAAACCACCCAUCUUUUAACACCUGAAACCGAUGCGUCUGGUGCUGAAUCUCGUGGUAUUUCUGAAAUCAGACCCACGUGAACGAUCGCUCCCGACUUCCUGUGAGACGCUCACCAGGACCCAUCCUGUUUUGCUAGCCUUGAAAUCAAGACUAUUUAUUUGGAGUAUAUACAAAGGUGUUUUUCUGCUGUAUUUGAUUUGCAGGAGUUGAGAACAGCCUUCUCUUCCUUUUGCAAAUCAUUGUUAUUCCAUAUUGGAUUCUCAAAGACUUCGAUAUGGUGAACCCGUCAAACCUAGAAAUUGUAUUUCAUCCUUUCUUGACCGUGGCCUGGAUUCCCCAGCCCCUUCCCACCUUUCUUUUUAGAAGAAACAGCACGCUUUCAGUUAUUUAAACGUGCAGCAUUUCUUGAGUAUGUGUGUUGAGCUCACAGCUGAUUCAGUAACCAGCUUCAUUGCUGUAUCAUUCACACUCACUACUUAAUACUGCCAUGGUGAAAAUGUGGAGGAAAAAAGACCCAUCGGUGUCUGGGAAGCAUAUACACUUGUACAUUUUUUAAUACUCUGAUUCUGUAACAUUUCUGAGUUGAGUUUUUGUUUUACAGAAAAAAAAAAAAAGUGAUAAAGCAAUCAGAAGACCAAGAGGUUUACUAUUGAUGCUGGGGGUCAUCUGACCUUGGCUGGCCAAUAGACCUACACGGCCAAAUUAAUUUACCAGAGUAAUAAUUUUUCAAAAGCCAAUUUUUUUUCCUGUAUUUUCUGUACGAAACUGCCAAUAUCAUGAAUAGAAAGGGAGAAACCAUAAAGGAGGAAGAAAGUGAUGUUCAGUUACGUUUGUGUUAACCUAAAAAAACGACAUGGAGGCGGGCGCAGUCAGCCGAACCUGAUGGUGUUGCUUUGGAAGCACCCCUAAUUGCAUUUUGCAUUCUUCGUAUGUAAUCAUAUUGCCAAAGACAAACUAUUUCAUCAUUUAUUGUAAAUAACACUUUUCCCCAGACCUACCAUAAAGUUUCUGUGAUGUAUUGUCUUCCAGUUGCAAUAAAAAUUACUGAGUUGCAUCAAUUGAAAAAA